UCGGAACAUCGACGCGGAGGCGGUAGUUAUGACGCAAUGUUUUGAAUAAACUUGAACUCUUUGCUUGAAUUUAUGCGUUAUUAAGUAGAAGAUUCAACAUUACGUAAAGGAUCUUUAGAUGUUUAAAAGCGAAAAAGACACGUCGCUGAUGUACAUAGACUAGUGACUACGAAUACGAUUAGGACUGAAAAACCUGCUGUUGACUUUGUGUUGAGUGUUCAGUGUUGUCUCACUUGUCUGUUUAAAAUGUUAGAACAGCCUCACGCAUCACAAUCUGCUGUGCCACUUGAUACUUUUUCGCUUUGAAAAAACCAUUUGGCCACAUUUAAAGUGGAAGAGAAGUAAAUGUGAACAUUGUGAACUUGUGAAGUACCCCGCGCUUUGCUAAGUGCUAAUGAUAUUGAUAGUAGCCUAUCCAACAUAACUGCUUGUUUUAAUUUUUUUAUAUAGUAUAAUAUAGGUAUUCACCGUCACCUGAAAUGGAUUCAAUAAAUUUUGCAACCCCUCUGAGUCUGCGGCCAAAGCUUCCACUUGGUGGGAGUCGAGCCACCACACACCGAGGCAGUGUUGGCUCUGUUGGCCGGAGAAGCUUGGCUGAGGUUGACAGCAGCCCUGUAUCAUGGAGGCAGUAUUGGAGCUCUUGUGAAGAUGUUGAGAUUUCAUGUGUUGAUGGUGAAGGCAGUGAUGUUUUUCGCGUGUAUCGUCGGGGCACAGAAGGACCUCUACUGUUGCUCUUGCAUGGAGGAGGCUACUCAGCUCUCACAUGGUCUCUUGUUGUGGAUGAGGUGUGCAGUGAGGUGCCACAGUGUCAGGUGUUGGCGUUCGACCAACGUGGUCACGGCAGCACCAAGACUCAACAGCCCAGUGACAUGGCCGCCUCAACGCUUGCUAGGGACGUUGGCCGUGUGCUAGACGCCGUUAUGGGACCGACACUAAACGUGCCCGUGGUGCUCGUGGGUCACAGCAUGGGUGGCGCCGUGGCAGUUCAUGCUGAGUUUGAGCAGCACCUCUCGGUGCAGGUGGCAGGGUUGGUGGUCAUUGACGUGGUGGAAGGCACUGCCCUGGCCGCGCUCUCAGCCAUGCACAGCGUCCUUGCGGCGCGCCCUUCUUCCUUCGCCAGCCUACAGGAAGCUGUUCUCUGGAGUUACCGGUCUGGACAAACUCGUAACCUGGACGCCGCUCGUAUCUCCAUGCCGGGACAGGUCGUCAACUGCAACACUGGCGUGUGUGGUGCUGACGAAGUCGAAGCAUUGCAGCAACAAAAAAAUUCCGAGCUGCUGAGCUCGACUUCAGACUCCGACGAGAAGCAAACUGACACUGACGCUCCUGCUGCUGCUGCUGCUUCAGCUGGCGAUGCUGCUGGCAUAGGGGGGCUCACCGCUACAGGCCGAUUCUCGGCGCGACGAUUGUCUUGCCGGCGCCUGAGUGUAGACAACGAGAACAAAAUAGAAGAGGAGGAGGAGGAAGACUCCGAGAACAAGAAAGAUGAUAAAGAAGAGGACGGAGACAGAAGAAAAAAAAUUUCAUUUGGAGGUGCCAGCACUAGCAGCAGCGAGGGUGGCGGUAGCAGCUACAAGUGGAGCAUCAACCUGGCGUCCACGACCGACCACUGGACCUGCUGGUUCGAAGGCCUCAGCCAGCGCUUCUUGAGCGUUUCUCCGCCCAAGCUGCUCCUGCUGGCUGGCGUCGACCGCCUCGAUACUGACUUGACUGUUGGCCAGAUGCAAGGCAAGUUCCAGAUGCAAGUGGUGGGGCGGUGUGGGCACGCAGUUCACGAGGACGCUCCUGACGAGGUCGCCGCCGCUCUCAUCGCCUUCCUCACGCGCCACCGCGUCCUGCAGCCUAAAAACCCUGAGCGCUUCAGGGCGCUGCCAGGGUGUUAGGUUCCCAUGUUGGUUCAUAAAAUAUUUUUUGUGUCACGUUUGAAGUGCAGAAAAAUUGUCCUUGCGCUACAUCGCGUCCUGCAGCCUAAACACCCUGAACGCUUCAGGGCGCUGCUAGGGUGUUAGGUACCCAUGUUUGUUCAUAUUUUUUUUUUACAAUUGAAGUGCAGCUAAAUUGUCCUUGCGCUACAUCGCGCCCUAAAAGCCUCGAACUUUCCAGAGCGCUGGAUCUUACGUUUCUUUUAUGUACACUUAAGUUAUUGCUAUUCAUUUUCAAAAGUCAUUGGCCGAAGAAGUUGAACAUUUUUAGCACGUUUCCGCAGAUUACUGUCCUGCUUUGAUCAUAAGGUUCGGUGUCAUUGUCUUCUAAUUAUUUACGUUCGAAAUCGACGGUAUUCGCUGAAACUUUCUCUGUUUAAUCUCUAGUUUUUCUGAUUUCCAGGCAUCUAGUCGUAAUAUGUAGUAGUGUGGUUUUAAAUGACAAAUAAAAUAAUAUUAAUAUUGAUUGUUACAAUUUUUCGGGAAAUUUUACUUUUUCUGACCCUGAGUACAGGAUGUUGAUUAACAAUUGGUUUUAAAUCUUCUGUUUACUCAUAUUUAAUACAUAACUAGAAGUUCGGUUCGAGAUUGCUGGAGCUGAAACGCUCUCAAGUAAAGCCAUUAAAAUUAUAUAUUUAGCGAUAGCUACUUAGCAAUAGUAGGAGAUUAUCUUCACAUCUAGAUCACAAAAAGCAUUUUUCUCCUCCAAAUGACAUUUUUUCCCGACACAGAAUAGAAGUAGGCUGCAGAAUCUGCACAAUUUGUUUAAUGUAGUUAACGGUUUCCAACCAUAUUCUAUUGAUUUAGGCUUCUUGACUUGACGUUUGCCAUUUGAUUGUCACAUUGUACAUGAUAAUAAUGGAAGAAAUUCCGUUAUAGUAUCCUGAACCAAAACUGUUAGACAUGGGGCGAUCUGGCAUCAGCACCAUUCAUCUUAAUGAAUAAUUAAGAAAUAACAAAAAUUUGUUGACCCGAGCCUAAAAAAAUGGGAGACCCCCGACUGAAAAGUGUUGAUUACAGCUUAAAAUUGUAAAAGGAUCCAUGUUGAGGGUAAAGAGGGGCAUUGCUGCAUGCAUCCGUUGCGGCUGUCCAGACACAUGAUAUUCAUUUGCUGCAGGUGCCUAUUUUAUGCUUGGAACUUUAUCUUAUUUUGGAAUUCAUCAAAAGUGUAUGACUUAGAACGUUAAAUUCACGGAGGCGAGAGCGUGCUAACUUGAGUGAUGAUUUGAGUGACGCACGUUAAGACCGGUAACAGUAAAUGCAGACUAGUUUAUAAAACGUGUUGUUGUCAGUAGAGGUUUUUGUUUCCUCUUCCAAAAGAUGAAAUAUUCACGUCUAGCCAAAAUUUCUGUUGUAUAUUAUUGUUAGAGUGUAGCUUAUGAGCUCUGAAUUUGGCAUCCUUAUUGUGUAUUAUAUUUUGAGCAGCUGUGUUUGUUAUAGCUUUCAAGACUUAGCACCCUAGUCAGCUAUUGUUUGUCCAGUAAUAUAUUGUGUGUUGAUGUGUCUGAGCCAGCCUGGGUUGUCUCACGUAAACAGACUCUGAACAUGGAACUCCAUUGUUUAGGUUCAGGUUACUUUUGACUUUUGAAAGCUUGCAAUGAAUUCUUGUCUUUUCUAUAGAAGAAUUUGCGAGAUACUUUGGUGCAUUUUAAUGUCUUAUUAAUAGACAAAUUGCUUACGUGCGUCACAAACGCCCAUUAGGUAUUCCAAUCAACUUCACUCGAAUUUUCGAUCUCCAAGAAAUAAUGUCCUUUUAGCAGAUAUCUCUGGUAUCCAUAACUUAACCUGUCGUUUGGAAAUGGAAAUGCUAAUCAAAUAAUAAAUUGUAUUGACUUCUCUUCUAACAUAUAUGAAUGAAUUGUUUCUUGUAGCAAGAAAGAAGGCAUCCUAAAUCUUAUGCAAAACUAUUGCGGUGAGCAAUGGUUUGAGUUUGUUGGGCUUCCAAAUUCUAGGGAUUUGCUUUCAUAUGUUAUUCCUAAGUUAAGAAUCGAGUAUUCUUUCUUCUCAACGAGCCUAUUGUGGUCAUUGAUUUGGAAUCAACUGUAGAGAUCUAAAGAAAUCGUCACAAAAUUGUGUGGUGACGGUGACAUUCAAUUGGUUAAUUCCGUCAACUCGUUCAUCUUCUUGAAGAGAUGGACUUUUUCAGCCGUCUUUCGGCUUACGUUAGCCGACUAAUGAGUGCUCUCCUAGUUUGUAUGUGUGACUAGACGUUUCUCCUUAACAUGGUUUUUAUGCAAGGAUAUUGUAAGGAACUUAACUUAUCAGUUGCAUUACAUCUUGCUCUGCACUUCAGGUGAAUACUUAGUUUUUUUGCGUUGUCCACAAUACUUUUGUCUCUUGAUAUUAUGGGGGGCAAAAUGUUAAUUUUCCCAUCGGUCCUUCAUUUCUAACAUUCGCUCUCGGCUCAGAUGUGUUGUAUUUCUGGAGGCUUCCACUUUUUUUAAUAGUACGCGAAUAUUGUUUAGUGGAGUAUAUUUUUUAUGUUAUUUGACUUGUUCCUAUAAUUAUACACGUAAUUUAUUUUCUUACCAUGGACUCUAAACAGUUUUGUUAUGAGUGUAUAUACUCCUAAUAUUCAAUAAAAUAUAAUUAAAUGUACCGACACACUUGUGAAAACACACUUGCAUCAUCGUUGCUGUCUUGUAUUCUCGAAAAUUGUCUUCGGGAUCUGAAGGUCGAUUUCGCUUGCGUGACGUUGUUUUCUGUGAGCCUUAGAUCUGUUGUUCCGGUCAUUGUUCUUCCGGCUGUAUUGUUCUCUUGCAGCCACUGUUCUGUGUUAUUGCAUCCACUGUCUUGUGUUAUUUCGGCCACAGUUAUAAGGUGUCCCCCCUCUGGCGGUGACUCCUGACACGUGUCUGUGCGUGCUCUUCAGAAGUCCUGUGGGAUUUCGCGCUCCUAUAUGCAUUGCUCGUUAGCGCCCCACUGCUGAGUGUCUGACCGUUGGUCUCAAUUGUGGGGUUAAGUUAUUAUGUAGGUAGGAUUCCUUACAUGUUAUUAUGUA